AUGUCUUUUGGCAAGUAUUCCAAUAGAGAUGCAACUUCUAUAGCCACUUCUGAGAGUAGUAACCGUCUCUCUCUCUCUCUCUCUCUCUCUCUCUCUCUCUCUCUCUCUCUCUCUCUCUCUCUCUCAGAUAUUCACAUCGAUAUUUUAGCAGUUGAAGAAGCGGAGAGUCGGGGAAAUGGUGUUGAUUUUUCUUUCGUUCGUUUGUCUCUCUCUCGGUCUCUCUCUCUCUCUCUCUCUCUCAGUCUCUUUCUCUCUCUCUCUCUCUCUCUCUCUCUCUCUCUCUCUCUUUCAAAGUUUUCAUUCUUUUCGGUUUACAGGCAUCCAUUUUCUGAGAGCGCCAUAUUGUUUGUCAUCCUAUCCAAAUCUUAUUUCUUUUUUCUCUUUCUUUCUUUCUUUCUUUCUUUCUUUCGUUCGUUCCUCUCACUCAUAGUUCUUAUACUUUCUUUUUUAUUUUUGUAUUUACUCAGGUUCACUCGGUCUUUCAUCUCGCACUCACUCUUUCAUUUUCAACUUGUCAUUAGUGAUAUAACUUUCGAUAUUUUUCUCUCCCUGCGAUCUCAUUUACUCUUUAUUUCUGAUAACUCUCUACCUCCGUCACCAUUUUCUCACUCCCACAGUCAUUCAUAUAGAUCAUUGUGCUUUUCCACUCUCUCUCUCUCUCUCUCUCUUUCUCUCUCUUAUCUCUCUCAACGACUAAGUGACUUACCGGUUCUCAUACUAUUACCGAACUUAUAUUCCCGACUUGUUCUAACAUAUUUCUUACCUAUUACCAAUUUCUACAACAAUCUUUUGUCUGUUUACAUUCAUCUUAAUUUCGUUUAUUUUUCUUUUCUAUUUUCCUUUCCAUUUUCUACCAUUAUUUUCCAUUCCUAUUCUUCUCUUUCUUUUCUGCCAUUUUUGGUUCUUUUCUAUUCUCGUCUUUGUUUUCAAUCAUUGUCUUUAUUACUCUUUUCUUUGCAUUCUACCAUUAUUUUUCUUUUCCUUUCUGUUUCUUUCUUUUCACAAUUAUAUUUCUUUUCUAUACUCCACAUUGCUUUCUAA